AUGCUGCGAGGACAUCUCAACUCUAUCGAACUGUUUCGAGGGUUCUUCAUCCCCCUUUUCAAAAGAAAUCUAACCGUAGUAUCGAUCAAAUAUGCUGAAGAGAAAGAUGCAAGAAAAGCAGAUGGAAUGUUCUCUUGGCUAAAGGACUUCCUCAAACCAGACUAUAGGGUCGACGAAAUAGGAUCAUUGCCCGAGUAUUUGAGGGUUAAACAAACGGUAAUUAAUUUCAAACUCGAGGAUAAGGACGAUCGAAAGAUCAAUGCUGUCGAAGAGUCGCAUAAAAACCCAGAGCUUCGCGAGAAUUCUUCGGCAGAGGUCGUUGGAUAUCAAAUGGAUAUCGACGAGAAUAAUACGACCACGGAUUCAAAGCCUGAUAAAGAAACGGAUGAAGACGAAGAUUCAGAUUCUAUAUCGGCAAGGAUGUUAAUGGAAGACAGUGUUACCGAUGACACAAAUCCAAAACGGGAUCGUCAAUCGCCACUCGCGCGCCACGGUCUUCUAACUCUGACCGAUCUCCUGAAUCGUCCAGUCCGGACGAUCGUAAGCUGCGCCCCCAGGAACACGAAGCCACCCAUUAGAGAGCCAAACAUGCCUGUGAAACGGGACAAAAAGGACGAGAAGAAGGAUAAGAAGAAGAAGAAGCCAGUGAUACGUAUGGAGGGUGGGGUCUCGAAAAACUGUCGCAAGGAAGCCACCGCGGAUGCUACGAGUAAUCUGCACAAUAACAUGGACGUGAACUUUCAAUGGGGUACCAGUCUCGCCGAGGAGGUGGACACGAGUCGGCAGUUGGAAUCGAAACAAAAUUUGAACAACCGUAUGCAACAAAUGGAGAACGUGAAUUCGUACGUUGGAGACUCGAAUUACUCGAGUGAUCAAGUUUCUUCCACCUACGACGUGAACGCUAUCCACACAAUGAGAAACUUGCAGCUGACGAUGAACUCUGCGAAAGAUUCUGAUAAGAAGAACGAAGCAGCUGUCGAAUUAUCUAACGAAAAGUCGGAUAAAUCUUCGGAAACGAACGCCACGAAUGUUUCGAAUGAAUUACCUAAAGAAGUAGCGGGCAUAGAGUCCGUGAAGAAGAUACUGAAAAUGUCUCCGAUCGUGAUGAAGGAAACUAACGUCGACGAGGAUUACAACAUUCCUGGUAACGCGAACUACGACGUAGAGAUCAACGCGUGGAAGGAUCUCGUUCUAAAAUCCAAAGUGCCUCUGGACCCUUCCAAAGAGGACUUUAUCGAUUCGGAAAAUCCCGAACGUACAGAAACGUUGUCGAUCAGACCGGAGCCUCCUGAGCCGAAACUGGAUGUACAAGCAAUACCAACUACCAGCGACGAGACCACAGCAGAGGAAGAAGAUCCGGAGUACGCCAGAGAAAUGAAACCUAAUAUGAACGCAAAAAAAGUCAGCAGCCCUACCGACGUUCAGAAACUGGAUAUCAAGAAAUUGCAUACCGAGACAUUUUGUUUCUCGAAAAGAUACAAUAACGGUGGCAUCAACGGAAAAUUAAAAUUCCACAGACCCUUGAGUGUUCUAGAUUCGUUGGAUAACGAUGUGAACUUAGGGACUUUGAAUUUUUCAACGAAUACCGAAGGUGGUUGGAGAAGUUUCGAGCAGAACGUUUCGGAAAAAUCGAGAAGAGUUAAUCGCGAACAGACUGAAGAUGGUGAACAGAGUAACCUCAUGAAGAGUCAAAGCAUGGAGGAAAAUGUCACAAACGCAGAAAAUGUAUCGUGGAACGAGAACAAUACGGCUCAGGAACAGCAACAAGAAAGAGGGAAUUUUGAGCCGCGGGAACAAUCAGACGCAGGCACGAAUUUUACGAACAGUUUAAAUAAAAUGGGUGAAAAAGAAAUCGACGUUUCUUUCAAUCGAUCACAAGCAGAGAAUCAAGUUGCACGUGAAAAUUCAGUGUUCACGUCUUCUCGAAGGGAUUCGAGGAAAUAUGAGACCGAUGAAUACAUAAAUGCACAGGCAGAUAAUUAUCAGUCCAACUUAGACUAUUCCAAUUCCUACGGAGACGACUAUUAUCCUGGCUACGAGUCCAUGUCGUUGGAACCGGCAACAGAAAGGCAAUCUUCCGGACGCAACGAAGAGUCCGUAAGAGACGAACAACAACAAAUGGACGACAAUAAAGAAUUGUUCGUUAAGAGCUCGGGACAAAUGGAGAACACAAGCCAAUAUGUUACGGACAGCAAUUAUAUAAAGAUACCCGGUGAUCCCUACCCAUACAGUCGAGAACACUUCAAUAAAUGGCGUAUGUCCGAGCAACUUCAUAUCGGUCCCCAAAAAACCACGGAAACCGAAGAGAUUUUGAACCCUCCGAUUAACUCAAACACUGGCACACGAAUCGACACUCAGCAACCUGUUCGAAAAAUGUCGCAGGACUCUCGCGUUCGAGGAAAAUGGUAUAAAAAUGUUCAUAGCUAA